AUGGCUCAUUCUAAGCUUAUAGCAGCUGCAUUGUUGAUUUUACUCAUUGUUGAUCUUGCAUUUUGUGCAAGAUUAGGAAAGACGGUAAACGGUGGUGGUGGAGGAGGUGGAGGAAGAGGUGGUGGUGGUGGUGGAGGGUCAUCGUUAGGCGUGUCAGGUUCAGGAUAUGGUUCGGGGUAUGGUUCAGGGGAAGGUUCGGGAUAUGGUGGGGAUGAUGGAGUGUUUGGACGUGGCGGAGGAGGUGGUGGAGGAGGCGGUAGUGGAGGUGGUGGUGGUGGUGGAGGAAAUUCGGGGAGGGGUAGUGGUUAUGGUUCUGGAUACGGGUCAGGAUAUGGAUCAGGGUAUGGGUCAGGUGAAGGAGUAGGUAAGGGUGGAGGUGGCGGAGGUGGUGGUGGUCGUGGUGGAGGUGGAGGUGGAGGUGGUAAUGGAAAUGAUGGUUCAGGAUAUGGUUCGGGUUAUGGAAGUGGAAGUGGCUCUGGGUAUGGAAGUGGUGGUGGUGGAAGAGGAGGAGGAGGGUAUGGAUCAGGAUAUGGUGGAGGGAAUGGAGGUGAUGAACCUUGA